UUGAGGGGAAGCGCCUGGCGGGGCCUAGCAGAGCCUGAGCCGGGGAGGGGGUCGGCAGCAGCCAUGGCGGGCCGAGGGCCGGUUUGCUACGCACUGCUGUGCGGCCAGGCGGCGCUGCUCUUGGGCAACCUGCUUUUGCUUCAGGGAGUCUCUCGAAGCCACCAGCACAACGCCACGGACGGACCCGCGCGCGGCCAGGGGCAGCCCGCGGACUCGUCCGCGGUAGCUGCCGCCGCCUCUUCCUCGCCGCCGCCCUUUUCCUCCAACGUCUGGGACUACGAGGGCCCCUACGCCCCCCUCGUCCUCUGCAACCACCUACCUGAGGAGUUCAUUGAAUGUGAGGAUCCCAUUGAUCACGGUGGAAACACAAGUGCACGAGAUGAAUUGGGCCAUGGGUGUCUUAAGUUUGGCGGCCAAACAUAUAGUGAUGUAAGCCACACUCAGGUCCACUGCAAGGCACUAGAUGGCAUCGAAUGUGCAGAGCCACGGACUUUUCUGCGAGGGAAUAAGCCGUGCAUAAAAUACACCGGACACUACUUUAUAACCACUCUCCUCUACUCCUUUUUCUUGGGUUGCUUUGGAGUGGAUCGUUUUUGCCUGGGGCACACAGGCACAGCAGUGGGGAAACUUCUCACUCUUGGAGGACUGGGGAUUUGGUGGUUUGUGGACUUAAUCCUUCUUAUUACUGGUGGACUGAUGCCCAGUGACGGAAGCAAUUGGUGUACUAUUUACUGAAAAGGCCAAAAACUUGCAGCUCCAGACCUCAGCUGAAAAAAGAAAAUAAUGGGGAAGUCUUAACUUGACAUUACUGGAGACUUGAUGCUUGAAUUCUGUUCUGUUGCAACAAAGACAGACUAUAUUGGCGUACUUCUUUUACACUGGAAUGGUUGUCAUAGAUCCUCAUGGAAAAAAUACUGAAUCUGCUGUACAUACCUCAGUGUUUGAAUGGAAGCAGUACUUUUUCUUGGCCAUAAUGGAUUGGGAAGAUUUCUGCCUUGUAGAAUAAACCUACUUUAAUGGACUUGCCACUGUAGUCAAGGCAACCUUUGGGAGCUGAUGCAUCUUCCUCUGAUGUUCCACAUCUGCCCCCCCCCAUUAAAAUAGAAGUUGGACUAUCUCCUUAAGGAGUAGGGUUUGCGCAUAGAGGCUUCAUCUCUUUGCUGGCUAUACAGUUGAAUGGAAAUGUAGCUUUUUGGUCUUGCUUAGAUGGAAGGAACUUUAAAAAAAAUAGCUUCUUGCACUUUCCUGUGGAACAGCUUAUGCAUAAUUCCCUGCCCCCAUCCCUUUUUUUAGUAGGUUGUAAUUUAAGAUUUGACACAUUCCUUUGCUGCAAAGGGCAACUUUUAAUCAAUUUCAUCUGGAGUCACUGUCAAGAUGAUGUCUUCGUUUCCUCGCCGCACCACAAUGGCCAGUGUGUUAGUGUUCUGCACAGCAUCUGUUACAUCUCGAGUUGAGGUGACAGUUUUUCCAUUAAUUGCUAUGAUGACAUCACCGUCCCUGAGGCCAGCACUGCAAUUAAAAUGAGAGAUUUUAAAAUCA